UAUAUUCUUGGAACCGGAGUGCUGGCGGGAAGGGUUAUGCAUUCCCGAAGCCCUCAACCUCUUCACCGACGGUUCGAAGAUGGAUGAUGGUGUCGGAGCGGCCGUAUACUGCCCGGACCCGGUCUCCAAACAAUCCUAUAAACUCCCAGACCAUUGCAGCAUCUUCCAGGCGGAAGUUUUUGCCAUUGGCAAGGCUGCCGAAUUGGCUCGGGGUUUACAGCGUGAUCACACCUCUAUUAACAUCUUUGUUGACAGCCAGGCUGCAAUAAGAUCAAUGCACUCUGAUGUGGUCAAGUCCAAAGUUGUCCUGGACAGCAGAAGAGCAAUAGAGUCGCUGAACGCAUCUGCGGUCGUGCGAAUCUAUUGGAUCCCAAGCCACCAGGGCAUCGAUGGCAACGAGAUCGCAGACACUCUCGCCAAAGAGGGAGUGGGGCUCGAUGUUGGCAACAUGUGCAAUGUUCCGAUAUCCCUGCGAACUCUAGGCAGUGAAAUUGAGGUGCGCUCUAGACUUCAGUGGGACGCGAGCUGGCGUAAUGCCAACUCGUGCAAAACUGCAAGGCUGAUGUGUGCCUCUACUAACAAAAACUUAACCAAAUUCGUCAUGCAGCUUUCAAGGAAAGACUGCAGGCUAAUGCUAGGCAUUUUAACUGGCCACUGUAUGUCAGCUGUCCAUGCUGUAAAGAUGGGCAUCACGAACAGUGAUCAGUGCAGGAAAUGCAACGAACCGGGGUUAAGGAAACACUUGAGCAUCUUCUCUGUAGAUGCCCAGCGUUAUCCCGACUCCGGUUGAAAUACCUUAAUUCGCCGUGCCACAACGAUCUUCGGGACGUCUCACGGCUAUCUCCUAGGAUGCUGCUGGCUUUUGCCAAAAAUGCAUCCAUACUGCGCGAUUUCUGAGACGUAGAUAAGCUACCGGUUCAGCUACGGACCUCCACUGGUCUAUGCUUUGCCCCGUACUGGGGCAGCCGGUCCUACCUAACCUAAUUCUGUUGAAUGGAAACCAGUAUUUGUAGCAAUACUACAUGCAUGUCGAUACAUAACAAGUACAAUGCCAAGUCUACCAAGUCGAGUCAUUCGAAUAAUACGACAGCUGAUACGAGAUCUGCAAACUCUUUUAAGACCACAAAGAACUCUCAUCACGGUAGCUGACAAUUCUCCUUCAGCUUUGGAGAGGAUUGCAUCAGAUUUCAGAGACCGACGCCGCAAGCAUGAAUGAAUCAAAAUCAGAGCCCGCAAAUAACUGUUGACCGUUGUCUGCAAAUCUUUACUAUUGAUGCUGUCUCGGCUAUUGAUGCUGAUCAAGAAUAUAUAUAUUUUAUUGGCUCGGAGAUGCCUCCUACCUGUUACAUACAUUGCCUUCUACCCUAUGGGUAGCGGGUAUAAAAACGGUCGACAGUUAUUUGCGAGCUAUGAUCAAAAUCAAAUUCCUCAACUAUCCAUUUUGUUGACAAAAGUCACAUUCGCCUCGAAUUUUAAAUCGAAUAUCU